AUGGCAAAUACGGCUACUAUUCUCAAAUUUGAGGAUGUGCAGCCGUUUGUUCCAUCAUUAGACGAAAUAGAAUCUGAUUUUGCAAGAAAUUAUGCAAAAGAUCGAAUUUUAAAGAACUACCAGAAUUAUGUAAAGCAAAUAAAUAAUAACUACAACGACUUAAUUGGUGUGUGGCCUGAAGCACAACCUAUUAAUUUGUUUUUCGGGCUCAUUGACUCAGCAGAUAUCGCUCAACUUAAGGAAAAUUUGGCAAACAACUACCAAUAUAAAGAAAAAAUCCUUGCGGAAACAGAAAAGAAACUACAAGAAAUAGGAAGAUUAGACAAUUCUUCGUCAAAUUCAACGUUACUUUUACAAGAAGAUCAACAAAUAGAUGAUAUAAUAUCUGGAUGGGCACCAGAAACUAGAGAAAAGUUUAUUUCUCUCUAUACCGAUUUUUGGAAUGACGUAUCAAACGAAGAAUUUGCAAGGAAAGUCGGAUACUCAGUAGAUAUAUGCAAAAAGCUUGUUGAAAGAUUAUCUAAAGAUGGCGAGCUUAAUAAAGAAAAACCAAAGAAAAUUGACAAAAAAGAAUCAAAAUACGUAAAAAUUUCACCGAUAACAGGUAUAACAUUCAUCAGGAAUGGAAAGAAAUAUAGGAUUGGUAAAGGACUUACUGAUCCUAACGAUAAUCCUCUCAAUCCUUUACAUGGAGUACCAGAUCCUCUUACAGAAAAAGAAAUGUGUUUCCCAAUGAUAUGUCCGCAGUUUUAUGUGCUUGAUAGAUCAACUUGGGCUAAGAUGAUUUCAGAAAAACACGAACAUCCUUAUUUAAGAACUCACAUGGGCACAAAACGUGAUUUAAUACCAUUAACUAUUGAUAACUUCAAUGAGUAUAAGGACAAAAUUAGAAAUAUUGACCUUGAAAAAUAUGGAUUGAAAUAA